AUGCCUAUUCUACAAAUCGUUCGACCUAUUUAUAUUCGAUCAAUUCGAAAGAAAUUUCAAGAAUUACAAGAAAACGAUAUUGAUUCUAUAUCGGAUGAAUAUUAUUCUCGUCUUGAUCAAAUACAUACAUCGAAUAUUUACGAUGAGAAAUUUUCACAAUUAAUUUUCAAUGAUCAAACAUGGUUUCAAUUAUAUUUUCAUGAUCAAAUAGCAAUGCAUUUAGCUGAUGUUGAAAUUCAACUUUCAACUGAUUUUGUGUUUGAUUUAAUAACAAGUAAUCCAACACGAACAAUUAAACAAUAUAAACGAUUAUUUUUUAUUGAACAUAUUGAAUUAACAAGAUUUCUUCGUCUAUUUGAAAUUAGUUUACAAUUAGUUACUGAAGAACAAAUUCGAAAUAUAAUUACAAAACAAUGGAUUGAGAUUCCACCUAAUAUGAUACAAUCUUCCGAAUUCUAUACACUUGUAUUAGCUAAUAAUGAACAAUUUUAUUUAUUACCACUAAAAGCAACAAUUCUUGAAAAACAACAAAUAUUUGAAUGUGAAGGUGAUCCUAUGAUUGAAACAAGUCUAAUGAAUUUAAUUGAACUUAUUCUUUCACCAUCUGUUAUACAAGAAGUUAAAAAUAUUCAACAAAUAACAACAACAUUUAGUUUAAUUGCACAAGGUAUUCGUGAUUUCGAUUCAUAUGUAGUCAAUAAUUUAGAAAAACUUUGUUCAUAUCUUAAUUUUGUUCAUUGUCUUACUACAUUAAUACCUUAUAGAGCUCUUGAAGUUUUUCAAGAUGUUUCUAAGAGUGGUUUUGAUGCAAAAUUUCAUUCAUGUUCAAGUGUUCAUUCUUUUAUUACUCAAUUACGAGACUGUAUUAAAUUUGAACAAUCAACGGCUGAUGAAAAUAUUAUUCAUCGAGCAUUAGUUAAACUUGAACUUGAUUAUCUAAAAGAUUGGUUAACUGAUAAUGAAGAUUCUUAUGGUGAAAUUUUAACACUUAUGAAUGAUGAAAAUAAUGAUCUUUGGCUUUAUUCAGCAAAAUUUUUUACAAUUAUUGAUAAUAAACUUGAAUUAACAUCAACAUUAAAAAAAAUUCAUGGUAAUCUUCCAUCAAUUGAUCAAUAUGAAUAUUUAAAUCAAUCUCUUGAAAUACCAAAUGUAUCUACACGUAAAAUUGAACGAUUAAUGGUCAAUCGACUUCAUAUGCAUUUAAUGUUGAGCGUUGAAGGAGAUGAUAUUGAUUCACAACUUACUAAUGAAUAUCCAUAUUUUAUUGAAAAUGUUCGUAUAAUUCAAAAUAAUACAAAAUUACAUGUUCUUCAAAAGAUUUCAUUAAUUGCAUGGUUAAAAUAUUAUGCACAAAUGUAUGCAUUUACUUUAAUUAAUUAUAGUCAUGAAGGUAUAUUAUUGGAUAUUGAUAAAUUUCUAACUAAUACAGAUACACCAUUUUGUUCAACACUUAAACUUUUUAUUAUGAAACAAAUUUUACAGAUGUCAAAAGUUAGAUUUGAAGAAUUCCGUGACAUUUAUGUUUAUCGUAAUCUUCUUUGGAUAAAACCAUUUUUUCAACGUUCACGUGAGCAACAAACAACAAGUAAUCAUCAAAUUUUUAUACCUCCAAUGCCUCUUUUUCAAUGUCGACAACAAUUUAUAAGAAUUCGACAAACAUUCAAUAGUACAGAUAGAAAUAAUCAAAUAAGAAAAGUAAUUCAAGAAUGCAAUCAUACACAAGAAUUAUCUUAUGCCUUUCUAUGUUGGUUUAUUGAAUAUUAUUCUCGUUUUACUCAACCAAAUACAGAAAUAGAUGCUAAUUUUAUUCGAAUUAUUCAACAUGAUUUUAGUCAAGAUUUGAUUAAAUCAUUUACACCAUUAGGCCAUCGAUUUCUUAUUGAUCUAUGUUCAAAUUUUUCAGAAAAAUCAUAUUUUCGACUUCAUUCUGAAAUGUUACCCGAUGAUAUUCAUAAACGUUUACUUGCGUUAAAUAUUGUCGCUGUGUUUAUUUCAUUUAGAGCACAACCAGACAUUACACUUCUAGGUAAUAUUCUCUUUGAUAAUCAGCGACGAAUGCCAAGCAGUUAUGUUCAACAUCUGUCAACAAUCUGCUUACCAGGUUUGACAAUUAACAGUACUAUUGUUAGUCAAAUGAUGUAUGUUUGUGCUCAAGUUCAAGAUCGUAUCAAUAGAUGUGUAAUUUUUCGUGAUUAUGAAAAAUUUAUUUAUCAAUGCUCAGAAGAAUGUUCCUGGAUGUUCUUUUCUGAAGAAUAUAGUGUUCCAACCAGUAACACUGUUUGUCCUUUAUGUCAGAAAAAGAUCGGUGUUCUUAUUAAACGUAGUCCUCCUCAACUUCAACUAUCAAUUCCAGAAGCCCUUCAAAAAAUCGAUAAAUAUAUUAAUCAAGAAAAUCAAACAACCCGUUUUGGAUAUCAUAAUGUCAAGAAUGCAUAUGAAAGUAGUGUAGGUGACAAACCUGAUCAUUUAAAUCACUCAGUUUCAUUUUAUUUUAUUCAUUUUCUUAUACAUGGUCUUCUUCAUUAUUUGCAUGAUCGAAAUUAUUUGACUAAUGAUGAUUUAAAACGACGUCUUAAAAUACCAACAAAUACUCAUUUUCGUGAUCACUUCGAAAAAGAUUAUCAUCUUAUUUGUCGAACAUUAAUUGAUCCGAAAGAAUGUCAAAUAAAUACGAAUGAAAAUGUUAUAUAUAUUGAACAACUUAUCGAAAAAAAUCUUAUUUUUAAACAUAUCGAUUCAAUUGACAAUGAAAUAACUGAAUAUAAAAGAGCUCAUGCUGAAUUUAUACAAAAACAACAAUCAUUAGAAAGUUUUAUUGAUGAACUUUUUGAAAAUGAAGAACAAUAUCCAUUAUUAAAUUUUUUUAAUAUUACUACAUUUCAUACAUCAAAUCCGUUAGAUGAAUUUAUAUUGAAAAUACAAAAUUUACCUUUUGCGGAAAAAAAUUUUCCUAUUACAACAUAUCUUCUUAAACGUUUAGAUGAUUAUACAAAUAUUCAACAUUUAUAUCCAAUUUUUACUUUCAGUAAUUAUUUAACUAAAAACUUAAAUCAUCGAAUUACACGAAGUGAUGCUGUACAAACAAAAAUGAUUCAUUAUUUGACACCAAAUAAUCAUCGUUGUAUAACUAAAAAAAGGUUUGAUGAUUUUCUUGAUGCUUGGUAUGCCCUAACUUUCAAAGAAGUUCGUUAUAGAUAUCAAACACUAAAAUUUGAACAUGUUGGUCCUAAAGAAAAAUUUGCUGAGAAUACAAGUAUUACAAUGUUAUUAUUGACAUCAUCAAGAGAUGACAGUAUUCUUCUAACAGCAUGUUUAAAGACAAUAGCUGAAUUACAAAAUGAAAUUGUCAAUUAUUUUCAUAAUACAGUUGAAACAACAACAACAACAAAAACUAAAAAAACAGUUUACCAUUACAAUCAAUUCGAUCUGAACAUAUUUUUGCUCUUAAUCGUAAUGAUUUAA